AUGGAAGACCUACGCAACAGGCAACAGUCAGGUGAUUUCACGCCCGUUUGCACAACUGAACUGGGUACGAUAGCGGCCUAUGCUGACGAGUUUGCUCAGCGAGGGACCAAGCUCUUGGGACUGUCUUGUGAUGAUAUUCAAUCUCACUAUCAAUGGAUCAAGGACAUUGAAGCUUAUUCUGGACAUAAGGUGACAUACCCGAUCAUCGCUGAUCCAAAGAGAGAGAUUAUCCAUCAGCUCAACAUGGUGGACCCUGAUGAGAAAGACUCCCAAGGAAACACUGUCCCAUCCCGGGCUCUGCAUAUUGUUGGCCCGGACAAGCGGAUUAAGCUGAGCUUCCUGUACCCUGCGAGCACUGGGCGUAACAUGGACGAAGUGGUGAGGGUGUUGGAAUCCCUGCAGAUGGCUGCCAAGUACAAGGUUGCGACUCCUGCCAACUGGAAGCCUGGGGAUCCAGUGGUCAUAUCUCCAAGUGUUUCUAAUGAGCAAGCCAAAGAGAUGUUCCCACAGGGAUUUAAGACUGUUCAUCUUCCAUCCAACAAGGAUUACCUGCGCUUCACCACUUUGUGA